CUCAACCUCAUCAUUUUCUUCCCCCUUUUCCAACCAACGCUCCAAUGGCUUCAUCACCUCCCAACUUUUGCCACCAUCUUCUUCCUUUUCCAGCCGGUGCCCGCGACGGCUAAUUGCAGAAAUGACGGCGGCAGGUUUCUCCCACUGCUGUAGCAGAGGCUAUUAUUAGCUUUGGGUUUUUGGGUUCUGGUGACGGCGGACAGACCCUGGCAGAAGCAGCGGCGGCGGCGGCGGCAAGCAUCAGCAGCAACGGCGGAAAGUUUAGCCUUUGGAAUCUUGCUCAAGCCACUUCAAUUUAGUCUUUUAAUCUGCUAUAGCACUGUAAAGUCUUGAAAUUGGAAAAGAAAAUUUUGUCCAGUUCCUUUUAACUUUUACUUCAGAACCUUUGAGCUUUCCCAAUGGAGUCUUUCUCAAAUCACUUUGUCUCACUGAGUAUGAUCUCAGCUCCCUUAAAACCUAGAAAUACAUCUGCCCGUACUUUGAAUACCUCAAAUGGCAGAAAAUGGUGCUGCAGAAUUACCAGUAAAACGAGGCCAGUAAUGGCUGAAGCGCCCUAUGCUUUGACUUACCAGAAAUUUGUUCACUUUGCUUUGGAAGAAACUAGGAAACAUACAAACUUGAACCCUUCUACAUUGCAGGAGAAGUUUGGUUUCUUGUCUUCCAUUGAUGGGAAAACGGAGCUCCACAUGCACUCUUUUGAGUCACCUAAGAUUAGACUACUCCGAAGUUUAUGCAUUAAAGGGAGUGAUAAUAUGCAGGUAUUAGAUUUUGCCAUCUUUCCCCGAGUAGAGUUUGAUCUCCCAAUUUUCUGUGCCAACUUUUUUACCACGGCAGCCAUGAGCAUAGUUUUAUUGGACCUCAAUCCGUUACACAAUGUCAUUAGUCAACACGAUUACAAGAAAAAAUACUAUACACACUUAAUUCCUCUUGGAAAUGAGUAUACUGAGCUUUUCCAAUGGGGAGGAAAGAUCACUUCCGAAUCUAUGAAGUUUUUCUCGCCCAUUGUAAUAUGGAGCAAGUUUCCCCCAAGCCAGCAGAAGCAUCAUCUUUUAUAUUCUGCUUUCUGUGACUAUCUCAAGUCAUGGCUUCAGUUGAUGGACCAUGUAACAGCGGAAACAGAUUCUUCUAAGAUUAUCAUGAAUCUUGAAGCUCAACAUAGGUAUCUCACAUGGAGGGCAGAAAAGGAUCCCGGCCAUCAACUUCUGAGAAGAUUAACUGGGGAGACACUUGCAAAGGAAAUAAUCAGGAGUUUCCUUUUCAAAGGAGUUGAUGAACUGGGCAUGAAGAUGUUCAUCGAUUACUUCCCAGAGUACAAGUGCGACGAUGGGACUGCAGUAAAUCAGAAGCGCAGUAUGGUUGGAAAAUCGUUCGAAAGUCGCCCAUGGGAUACAAGAGGAGAAUUCAUCGGUAACACUUCAAAAUAGAAAAUGUACUUCAGCAUAUGCUGGUAUGAGAUUAAUUGGCUCAUGUUUGCCUCAUUGAACCAUGUCAACUUCUUAAGCAAAAAAAUGUCCUCUAAGAAAUGUCAACUUAAGCAUAUGAAGAUGUAUUUUAAGUUGUACUCGAGGUUCUGUUUAAAAACUCCUUUUGAGGUUCUGCUUGUUAAAAUGUAGUUUGCCAAUUUGCCCCUUUAUAAAUAAGGGGGUGGUUA